GGUCUGCGUGCCAAGCGUCGGGGCGGCGCACUUCAGAAGGAUCCGGAGGAGGAGGAGACAGCAAGGAUAGGCCCAGGAAAACAAAGAAAUGGAGCAGCCCAUGCAGAAUGGAGAGGAAGACCGCCCUUUAGGAGGAGAAGGCCAUCAGCCUGCUGGAAAUAAUAGACGGGGACAGGCUCCCCGACUUGCCCCUAAUUUUCGGUGGGCCAUACCCAAUAGGCAGCUCAAUGAUGGGAUGGGUGGAGAUGGAGAUGAUAUGGAAAUGUUCAUGGAGGAGAUGAGAGAAAUCAGGAGAAAACUUAGGGAGCUGCAAUUGAGGAAUUGUCUGCGUAUCCUUAUGGGGGAGCUCUCUAAUCACCAUGACCAUCAUGAUGAAUUUUGCCUUAUGCCUUGACUCCUGCCGUUUUCCUCGAGGUUAAUACUGUGAUUCCCACCAUUUUCUUUUUCCUUGCAUUGUUCUGAUCCACCUUUACCAAUUGGUUUGCUGUGAACCUUCUGUUAUUUCCAUGUGUCAGGUGGGUCUUGUGUUUUCAGCUUCUAUUUGGAGAUUGCCUUUGCACUCAGUCUAAGUUUCUGUCAGCAGUAGAGUUUCACCCAUUUGCAUGGAAAAUGUAAAGUUAAUAAAGCAAAUAGAAAGCAAUCUCUACUUUUAUUAUUGU